AUGGAGAAUAUAUACAACCAUCACCAGCCAUUGCAGCCACCGUCUCAGUCCACAGAAGCUAGUAAUGUACACCAAAAUACAGGCACAUCCAAUCCAAAAAGAACCAGAAUCACAAGAGCUUGUGAUACGUGUAGAAGAAAAAAGAUAAAAUGUGAUGUUGACUCGAGGCAUCCUUGUACUACUUGCAGACAGUAUGAUUGGGAAUGCACUUUUCACGAUACAGCAAAAAAGAGAGGUCCACCCAAAGGCUACAUUGAGAGCUUGGAAACCAGACUAGAAAAGAUGGAGAAGCUGUUGAGAAAAAUUGGCAGCGACGAUGAAGUGAUCAAAGAUGUUGCCUCCUCCACAGCAACAACCAAGAAACGAAAGAAGCGUGCAGCAUCCAACACAUUUCCAGAUAAUAUCAUCACUUCAAACGCAUCACCCACUUUAUCAGAUCCAGCAUCAGCCUCUGCUCAUGCAGCGGCUACACCCACAUCGUCUGUUUCCUCGCCCAACAGAGUGCGAGAUCCAAAGAGAGGAAAAGUAGUGCGAUACCACGGCAGUUCAUCCGGCUAUUAUCUUGUUGGAAACAUACUUGACAGCAGCCAGCAAGAGGAUGUGCCAUCUGAGGACAACAUGGACAGCAGUGACAAAGUACGCAAAGUCUAUGUCGUGCCUUCGUUCAACGGCGGGGAGGAUGUUCGAUUGAGACGAGUGAAUGUCGAUGACGAUGACUUGAUGGUGGUGCGAGAUACUACAGCGGAUGAGGAAGCCUGCCAACAAGCAGACGAUGGGCAAGAAACAAUUGACGAUAUUAUACCUCGAUCUGUCUUGACAAGCCUUGUACACACGUAUUUUCGAGAUGCACAUACCACAUUGCCUGUUUUAGAAAAAGAAGAGUACAUGGACGCCUUUGAAGGACGCACCACACCACCACCAGUACCUUUACUGACCUACGCCAUUUGCACCUACGCCUGUUUUCUAUUGAAAACCAAUGAUCCCAUCUUUAAAGACGCUGGCGUAGAACGAGACCAUGUGUUUCAAACCUUGCUGGACAGAGCGACAUUUUUGGUGAGAAAGGAGUACCUGAAGCCUCGCAUUGUCACCAUCCAAGCACUAGUUCUUCUCUGUGCUCAUCCAACGUAUUCAACAAGCUCUUACAGAAACUGGAUUUUGGCUGGUAUGGCUGUGCGCAUGGCCCAAGAUCUGGGCUUGCAUCGCACAUUGACGACUGUAGAAGUGUCGGACGAUUUUAAGGAAAAGAGAAAGCGGUUGUGGUAUUCAUGCUAUAUCACGGAUCGAUGGUGCUGUGCUGUGAUGGGCCGACCUCUCGCCAUUGCAGAUUCAGACUGUGAUGUGGAUUUGCCCUUAAUCUACGGACCCGAUGGACGCGAGGAUCUCAUCAUGUUUGUUAAUUUUGUAAAGCUGUCUGGUAUCUUGGGCGAGGUGUUGCGUCGGAUUUAUUCGCCCAAAGCCAAACUGAAUGGAUACAAGACCAAGGCCAUGGAGCAAACAGUGUGGAGUCUACAAAAGAUGCUGGAAGAGUGGUUUCAUAAUGUGCCUGAUGGCUACAAGAUCACCGAAAACGAUCUGUCUGAUAUCCGAUACAACAAGAACUUGUAUGCACCUGAUUCAAAAAAGAUCAUGGAGGGAGGUCCAUUGACAGCGUGUUAUCAUGCAGUGGUGCUGCUCUUGCACCGACCUUUUAUCGUGCUGGACAAGGAUGAAGUGGACACGCCUUCUCUGUCAAGAGCUACCUUGUUGUGUAAACGAGCUGCUAAAUUAGCAAUUGAUGUAGCAAGAGCGAUACCUUACAUGGCCAUUGCCAAGUUUGGAUGGAAUUUUGCAGCCUACUCUGUCUUUCAAGCAGCACUGAUCCAUCUGUACAAUUGCACAAGCUCUGAUCCAGAAGUUGCAAAGGAAGCCAAGCAGUAUGUUACCAUCUGCACUGAUGAAUGUUUAGCACCUCUGAGCAGAGAUAUCCCGGCUGGACCACCUUUGAUUCCUUUUCUGCAAACGCUAUCCAGCCUAUUAAAACCUGAAGGGGCUGAAGCGCAUAAAGGAGCUACUUCUAGCGAGGCGGCUCCUCCCAAUCAGCAACAACAACAGCAACAUCAUUUAUAUCCUGUACAACACUCACAACCAUCACAACCCCCUGAGCAAUCGCAUCUACCAUACCCACAAUCCGCUUACACUCAACCACAUCCUGUAUCUUCCAUGGACAGUGCUCCUCCACCGCCUGCAAUGAUGGACCCCAACGACACAAGCAAUGGUGCUACUACAGGCAGCUUCAUAGAAGAGUUGAACAAUGAUGGAAGCCAAUCGUGGCUCUUGAAUGGCAGUAAUGGAAGCGCACCUGCUUUAUCCCAAGCCGCAUGGCAGCAACUGUUCUCUACUGCAGGUACACCGUUCACUGAAAACUCCAUCAGAGGCGUGGACGUUCAAGGUUGGGAUAACUUUUUUAUGGAGAACCAAUCCAAUAAUAUGUUUAUGCCUUAG